AUGAAGUCGGCUUCACCAUCGAAUGAGCAUUUUGACUCGAACGUUUCCACCGACAAGGCACUUCCACCCGCACCGCCCGAGCUUCAAUCAGCACAUGACCGUGUAGCAUUCCUCACUGCUCGACUCGAUAGUCUGGCCCACAGGCGCAACAACAUCAACAAGAGCAUCAAGCAGAUGACGGAGUUGAUGCCUACCGACAGGAUUUUGUCGAGCACGGAAGUGAUGCGCAAGCGCGAGAUUGAGAAGAAGAAGGUUGAGGGGCUCAAGGAAGAGUUGGCCGAGAUUCAAAGAGAAGAGCAUGACCUGGGUCUCAAGCUCUACAGGGCCAACAAGCGUGCUGAGAGAGAGGCAGCCUUUGAGCCUUCCACUCUUUGGGUCAGGCGUGUCACGUCUUGA